CCAUUACCUUCAUCUAUGUGUCUUCAAAACCCUAACAUUUUUAAACUCGUUCCUCCGAUUCCAUCAUCUUCUCGCGCUAAACUCCGCCACUCCCUCUUCCUUCGCUCUCAAGGUCGCCAGAGCGUCUGCUACCUCCUCAGUUAUAAUUGAAGAGUUGGAAAGAUUGUGAAAAUGGUGGAAAAGGGAACGGGAAGAAAGGAGGAAGUGGUUACCAGGGAGUACACAAUCAACCUCCAUAAACGCUUGCAUGGAUGUACUUUCAAGAAGAAGGCUCCUAAGGCCAUCAAAGAAAUCAGGAAGUUUGCACAGAAAGCCAUGGGAACAAAUGACGUGAGGGUUGAUGUUAAACUCAACAAACAAAUUUGGAGCUGUGGUAUCCGAUCUGUUCCGAGGAGGAUUAGAGUCCGCAUUUCUCGUAGAAGGAAUGACAAUGAUGAUGCAAAAGAAGACCUUUAUUCUCUUGUGACAGUUGCAGAGAUUCCACCAGAAGGACUGAAAGGUCUAGGAACGGUGAGUAUGAAGAAG